AGUAGACAGCGCAUGCAACGAACAGCUGAUAAGUCGAGUCGACUCGCCAAACACCAACGAGCGUGUAGUCGAGUGGCGGCGAUUGGAAGUGGUGGUCGUGUGCGCGCAUGCGCAGUGCGGGAGUUGCUCCUCGUGGGAUGGAGCUCGCGGCCUAGCGCGCAUGUGAGGACUCGUGGUGCUUGUUGUUGUUACUGCUGCUGCAAUGACGGGCGACGCCCUCGCCGAAGAGUCCAAGGCCGCGGACGCCGCCCCGAAGAAGACGUCGACGCCACCUCGGCGUCGCGGGGACGUGGUGAACCUGACCUUCGAGGAUCUCUCCUACGUCACGAGCAGGAGGCUGGGGCGCGGGAGCAAGUGCAUCCUGCAGAAGAUCAGCGGCGACUUCCGCGCAGGGGAGCUGACCGCCAUCAUGGGUCCGUCCGGCGCCGGCAAGUCCACGCUCAUGAACAUCCUGGCGGGGUUCACGACGCACGGCGUGACGGGCUGCCUGCUGGACAACGGCGCGCCGCGGGUCCGCCGCGUGUUCUGGAGGCACUCGUGCUACAUCACGCAGGACGACCAGCUGCAGCCGCUGCUGUCCGUCGCCGAGGCCAUGCGCAUCGCCAGCGAGCUGAAGCUGUCCCGCCGCGAGCUGUCCCGGCAGCAGGCGGCCGCCAGGGUAGAGGACAUCAUGACAUCCCUGGGACUGUCCGAAAAGCGGCACACGAAGAUCAAGAACUUGUCCGGCGGACAGAGGAAAAGACUGUGCAUCGCGCUGGAGCUAGUCAACAACCCUCAAGUAAUGUUUUUCGACGAGCCAACUACGGGCCUGGACAGCUCGUCCUGCAUCCAGUGCGUGUCGCUGCUGAAGGAGCUGGCGCGCGCCGGCCGCACAGUGGUCUGCUCCGUGCACCAGCCCAGCGCCACGCUGCUCCAGAUGUUCGACCACCUGUACGUGCUGGCCGAGGGCAGCUGCGUGUACCAGGGCGGCACCAAGGGCAUGGUCUCGUUCCUGUCCGGCCUGGGGCUCGAGUGCCCGCCCUACCACAACCCCGCCGACUUCAUUCUAGAAAUAGCAACGGGAGACUACGGGCCGCAUAAGGACAAACUGACGAAUGCCAUAGAGAAUGGGAAGUGCAAUGACUGGAGAAGAAGGGCUGCUUUUGACUACAGCAACUCCAUAGUGUCCAGUGACAUAGUUCCGUACACGCCGCUGCGAGCGCCGCAGCUGCCGCCCGUCUACCAGCUGUCCCUCGGCACCGAUCAACAAGAGCCCGGCAGUAGAACUUCUAGUCAUCGCAAAGAACCCAGCUGGGACUACCCAACAUCGUUCUGCUUGCAAUUCUAUGUUCUCUUGAAAAGAACUUUCCUGCUUCUCUACAGGGACAAGAGUCUUACCCAGAUGCGUCUAGUCAUGCAUGUAAUCGUCGGAAUAAUCAUCGGAAUGCUGUACUUCCGGAUAGGGAAUGAUGCAAACGAAUAUUUCAAUAACUUCGGAUUCCUUUUCUUCUCCCUCAUGUUUCUAAUGUUCACUGCAUUUUCGGCGAUGUUGCUUGCAUUUCCACUUGAGAUUCCAAUUUUGAGGCGAGAAUAUUUUAAUCGUUGGUACUCACUCCAUUCCUAUUAUAUUGCCAUCACAUUCGCAGACGUUCCUGUACAGACGGUGUGCAGCGUGGGGUACUGCGUCGCCGUGUACUUCCUGACGGCCCAGCCCGUUGAAUUCUUCCGCCUCUUCCUGUUCACGCUGAGCUGCUCCGUGGUGGCAGUCGUCGCGCAGAGCAUCGGGCUGAUCAUAGGAGUGUCCUUGAGCAUCCAGAAUGGCACUAUUUUUGGACCACUUACUAUUAUGCCGUUCUUCGUGUUCUCUGGCUUCCUGGUGCGAAUGAGAGAUUCUCCAGUGUACUUCCACUGGCUGUUCCACACCAGCUUCCUGAAGUACGGCGUGGAGUGCUGCGCGUGGGCCGUCUACGGCUACAACCGCAGCCAGCUGGAGUGCCGAGAGGUGUACUGCCACUACAAGACUCCUGAGCAGUUCCUGAAGUUUCUAGACAUGCCGCUCGAAUACUACUGGUUCAAUAUCGGCAUACUGGUUGUGAUGUUUUUUAUAUUGCGAUUGAUUUCGUUUUUGAUAUUGCUUUUUCGGCUCAACAGAAACCGAUAACCAACACCAGUCAGAAGAAAGACUGGCAUAUACUGCCAUUGGGACAAGAGACUAAACUUUUGUACAGUUUUUAUCAGAGACAUUCUUGAGUGAGAAGUACGUUUGUUUUCACAAAUGAGUAUUUUUACACGUAACUGUAUUCAAGCUUACCAAACAUGUACAUACGACUGUGUCUUAGUAAACCAAAUAUGUAUGUCUGUUUCUUUAGAGUAUCUAUAAUCUUAGAUUUUGUCAAAAAUAUGAAUGUUUAAACCUCAAUUUUACCAACAUUGAGUUCUUCAAAAUGUUAUUCAUUUAAGUCAAUAUGAACUGAUAGCUACAAUCAAAUUUUUUUAGAAUUUAACUGGUUUUAACUCAUGUGUACACUUUGUUAAAGAUAGAGUUUUCACUUUUUUUUCACGGGUGCUGCAGCAAACAUCAGGCUUUGAAAAAUGAAUACUGUCAUAAAAAUAACAAAAUCAUAUUGAUUUAUGAUUAGCUAGUCUGAUGUCGAACUCAUCAUAAUGUAAAUCUAGGUCGAGGUAUAAAGUUAAUGAAACCUUUAAUGACUAUGACUAUGUUUAUCAAAAUGUUCAUAAACAAAAUUAACCAGAUGAACCGAAACCAUGAGCAACAUUUAAAAUUAAUAAUCAAAAGACUAAAUUAAAUUAAACUAAACUAAGUAAAAUUAUAUUAUUUUUCUUAACACUCAACCAAUGUGAAUUACUGAAUAAUAAGUAUGAGUUAUUAAUGUUUAAUGAUUCUCAGUUGGAGGGAAUAACUUAUCUUCUUGUUUGAAUGUCUUUAAUUUUUAUGAGAUUUGUUUUUUAUUUAUCCUUUAAUUAUUUACUAUAGAGAGGAUAUAAAUUCAAAUAAUCGUUUUUUUUGGUAUUGAUAUUUAUUUCAUCUGUUAUUUAAUAUCUAAUGUACAAAAUGUGUACAACUAAAGUAUAACUUUUAAAAUCCCACAGUUUAAAAAAAAAUCUAAAUACUUUAAACGUACUGUGGCCACAACUAUAAAUGUGAACUAUGUGUAUCGCAUUAUUUGGAAAUUUUCCUGUAAUUUAUAUUAACAAAUUCUUAUAAUUUUCAUCCUACAAAUCUGGAAACUCGACUGGAGCACUCCUGGUGUCCGGGUCCCAGGGUUUGUUCACCUUCCCUCCUCAUGCCUUCCCUCCAGACGGCACUGAAUGCUCCUUGAAGGUUUAGAAAGAGUCAAUGUGCAUCAGGGUUGGCUGGUUUAAACCCCAAUGGCUUAAACCUUAGUUUAAAACAUGUGGUUUUUAUAAAAAAAAUGUUUUUAAUGUAUUUUUAAAUAGUACCUAUAUAUUAAUUUUUUUUUAAAGAAAGUUCUGAUUCCACUCUAAUAGCAACAAAAGUAAGCUGAAUAUUUCUUUUGAUUUACAGGAACAAAAAAUUAUAUACUAAUCAAGAUCUUAUCCUUUAAAUUAUCUGAAUAAUUUGUCAAUUAUACCCAGAUAAAUACUCCUGCAAAAUUAAAUUAAUUAGUUAAUUGUUUCAUGUUCUGUGGGAAAUCCCAAACUGUAAGGUAAAUCCUUAUUCUGUGGGAAACACCCAUUUUAUGGAGAAUACUCUUCUUGUGGGAAAAUACCCUUUCUGUGGUUACCUUCCCAGUCAGAUGUGCAGAUUUGUUGGUUUCUUGCAGUUCUUCAAUGUUAGAACUUUUCUGGUUCAACAUGAAUGGCAGAAAGCGGAAUGUUGUAUGGCUUAUAUUUUAACAUGCUGAGACCCAAAAUAACUAACGUAAUAAAAAAAGCUGGAUUAAACAAAAAAAAACUGGUUUAAACCACAAAAUCAAAGUUUUUUUUUAAACAACCCUGUUUUUUUUUCCAACCCUGAUUUGCAUGUAUCUAUUAAAAAACUUCUGAUGUGUCAACAUCUUAGCUCUUGGAAUACAGCAUUUGGUAGGAGUAAUUUUGUGAAAAUGGAAUGGAAGUCUAUGAACAGAAAUGCGACACAAAGAUGGCAGACCCACGUGUAGCAACAAAAACUCUUAAGUAGUAUGUAUUAGUGAGCCAAAUGAAACUUUUAUGAUAGCGAAACUACCCCUGAACAUAUUUGGUAAACUAAAACAGUCAUAGUAAAAACUAAUCUAAAUUUUUAAAAUACCUAAGAAAGCUGGCAUUUCAAUAUUAUAAUUCAUUUUUUCUUUAAAUUUUUCAAAGGGCUCAUUAGCACAGCAGUGCAACACAGAAUUGUUAAUAUCAAGAGAUGUGGUUCAAAUCUCGUCACCGGAAAAUAAUUUUUUUUUACGUUUUUUUAAUAACAUAUAUAUAAUAAUGUGAAGCAGCUCAAUAGUAGUUUGAAGUAAUUAUUUACAGAAUUAUUUCAGUUGUUGAAGCAAAAAAAUACAAAUAUAUACUAAUUGUUACAAUGUUUUUUUUUAAAUGUUUCAGGUCAAUAUUUUAGCUAUCCCACAUAAGUAUAACUUCUAAUGUGCGCGGAAACUUCCUAGUUGUAGUAUCUGUUUAAUCAGGUCCAAAGCUGGGAUUUAGGAUUUUUUCAAGUCUUUUUCGCUUUUAUCGGAGCCAUUUCCAAUAGUUUAAAAUUUCUGUUUGUUUCAUCUGGGGAUGAUGGUGGCCAGAAAAUUAUAGCGAGGGUGCAAAAAUUAAGUGUGUGAUUCGCCUUUAGAUUUGUGUAUGUAUAAUUGAAAAGCAAAUAUUUUAUUGAUCAGUAUAUUUAUCAUUCUCUCCAUUAUUUUAAAGCUGUCAAUUUUGUGACAGAGUUUUGUAUUAUAAGUUUAUUUUUCAGCAUAAAAACAAAAUGAGAACACAUUCGUUUGCUCGUUAUCGAAGUUGGAUGUUUAUACAUCACUGACAAAUACUGAAAGACUGGCUCACAUAUUUUUAAUGAAAUAUCUAUUGGUUUAAGGGCAGUAACCAAUUGUGAUAAACAUCAAAAGUAGCAAAAAAAAAAAAAAAACUAACACUGCUUAGCUUGUAUGACACAUGUUCAGUACAAAAAAUUUUUUAUUCCCAAAGGGUUAGAAACAUUUUUGUUGGUGAAAAAAGAAAACAUUGUAACACGUAAACAUUUGCACUUUAAAAAUCAUAGUUCAAAAGUCCAGAUGUAUUAAUUGAUUGAUAAUGAAAAACAAUCUUUUACAUUUUUAAACAUCUGUUAUGCAAAACAAGAAACAUAACAAAGUAACUUUAGUCUUACCUAUAAACAGGCGAAUGCAUUACAAAUCUUAUCUUUUUGCUGCAAGUUUCCAACUAUGUAAUUUUUUUUUAAUUUGUUGACUGACUUUCUGACUAUGCCCACAGUGAAUAUUUGACUGUAUAACCAAGUUAUCUGUGCAAAACAUGUGUGUAAAAUUGAGGUUCAAAUGUGUCUGUUCUUUUGUUAUUGUUUAUUAAUAAGAAAUUUUAUUUUAAAAGAUUUACAAUCUAUGCCAUGCCUAUGUGAUAGCUGAUGUAAGUUCAAAUGUAAAUGACUUGUUACAUUUUUUGUACUUCGUUAGCAGUAUGUGAAUGAUUUUUCAAAAGACAUGUAAACUUUAUAAUUUAAAGAGAUUUUUUUGAGGAGGUUAUCUGUUUACUUUGUGUUGUGUAUGCAUGUCGUCAUGGUUUUAUUCACUUGGGCCCCAUUUUUUUUUGCUUUGACAGCGUGAAAAUUACUAGGCGGAAAAAAAAAUUGUAAUGCCAUUAGCCUAUAGACAAUCUCGGUUGGAGGAUUCUCGUCAGCAGUAGGAAAAAUGGCAACAGCUGUGGCUGAUGAACAUUUGUUGUUCUCAUUGUUGAUCACUGACAAAAGGUUAACACUAUCUCAAAUCUACAAAUAUUGCUCAGUACUCUCACCAAAUUUUAGCAUCCAGAGCAAUUAAAAUGCUUUAUUUCUAGUUAAAACAAACAGUAUGUUGGGAUCGCCCCCUGCCAUUUUAUGCUGCCUUCCCAUUACUUCACUGCUGAAAGAAACUAAAGGCCCUGUCAUUACUUACAAUAAAAAAAGUUAUUUAUAAAGACUGUAAACAUUACAGAGACCAUAACUGAAAAUGUGACCUAUUUAAUAACUUUUCGGUGUUUAAUUAAUUACCUAUAUUAGCAAUUUACAGUAGACUCCCGAUUAUCUAGGGUAAUGACUGACAAGGGGUCUACCAAUAACCAAAAAACACCAGUAAAGCAAUGUGAAAAAAAAAACCUGAUUAGAUUUUUUUUAAUCGCAAAUAUGUAGACAAACACUGUAAAAAAUGCCCCUCACGCAACCUAAUUUGUUUCAGUGAAACAGAGCACUAAUAAAAACAGCACUAGUCAAAACCCUUUUUUUUCCAUAAGAGAGAAUUUUAAUCAAAAUGAUUUGUUUUCCAAUCAGGCUGGCUACCAUUUUAAUCAAAUUAAUUUACAGUACUGAUAUACGUGUGUCUAAAUACAUUUAAAGUACAUUUAAAUAAAUGUUGAAUAUCACUGUGAUAAAACAACCGAAAAUUAAAAUUAAAAAUUCACGUACCGCAUUGUUUACAUAAUAGGGCUUGUGCAUAACAUUUGUAUCUAGGCGCUAGGACAAUUAUGAGUCACAAAAUAAUAGUUUUUUAUAUAGGAGAUAUAUUUAAAGUAUAAGAUUUAUUUAACAUUUUCUAUAAUUAUAAAAAUUAUUUAACCUGUUACGUAAUUCCCGACUUUGUUGAUUACUAACUGCAUUUCAACCAUGAUUUGCCACUAGCGCAUUCUUGUAAAAACGAGGUAAACUAGCUCUUUGAAAGCUUCUGGCUUUUUUCUCCAGCGACGCUGCUGACAUGCCAGAUGGGGGAAUAUAAACAUUGGCUGAACACUCGGGCAUCGUCGGAAAUAAUAAUAUACAAUGAAGGAAGAAAAUAGCUAUUGAGAAACAAAAUUUUAUUUUGUUGAUUCGUCACAUUAUUAAUUCAUUGCAGUGUAUUUAAAGCUACACAAGUGCCAUUGCCAUUGUGCCAGCAUGAUAAUAAAAUCUCAAAAAUAUUUUUUGUGCUCAUGGUUUAUGGAAAUAUGGCACAGUUAACCCGAAAAUCGGGUGACCAGUACCCAGAUGAUUUGGAGUCUAUUGUACUUGCAAUUUCAUCCUACUUGUGUAUUUAAAAAAAAAAAAAAGUUGAAACUUAGUAGGUCCCACCCGGGGAUUUUGCCCCCACUCUGCCCCUCCCUAUUUUCGACCCUGCGCAAAGACUGCCUUCGGCGCUCCAUUAGCUUCCGCUCGAGGCGCAGUCUUUGCAUCAAAUGAAUUGCUUAGUCUAAGUUUCGCAAAGGGCCUAAAAAAUAAGUAACAGUUAUCUGUAUUUUUUAGUAUUUAAUACAAAAAUAGUUCAAAAUUUACAUUGGAAGUCAUUUUAUACCUUUCAUCUUUUACUAUAUUAGGGGGGAGGGGGCAUGUCUCCCUCUGAAUUCAACUCUGGCCUCUGGAAUGAUCGUCAAUAACUUGGCUGUUGACUACAGAAGAAUGAAUGCAUCCUCCUUGGUAAGCCACAUCAAGAUGGUGGAAAUGACAACUGCGUGCUGAAACCUCUAAUUUAUUUUCAAGAAAGAACAUUUAGUUGUGUUUCUGAGAAGUGCGUAAGUAAUAUGUGUGUGCUUAUGUUAACAUUGUUACGUUUUGAUAAGAAUAUGUCAGGGGAGGUUGACAGUUGCUAUAUAGUCAACACUUUUCAAUCCAGCUAUCUUCUGUUCGGAACAUUCUCUUAUCCAUCCAGAACUUAUGGAUUAGGAGUUUUUUUAUGACUUGCUGCCCAUGUUUUUAGUUCACUCUUUGUUUAUCGCGACUGCCGGUUUAUAUUUCAGGACAGUGAAUUAUAUCCUCCCAACAACUUCCAGCCUGCUGUUACUACUUCCCCCACUCUCUAACAUCUUGUCUUACCACUCCCGAAACCGAUCACACUAGCUGCCAUCUUCAUACAGCUUCAACUGCAGGCCUACCAUCCUCUCUACACCACACGCCCUAUAUAGCACGUAAUCUUGCAAGUAAUUGGGUACCUUCCUCACCAUGCUUGAACUCUGGGUCGGCUGUGUGUGUGUGUGCCAGCUCCAUACGCAGUCCCUCCCGUGGCUCUCGCCCAAGGUCAUGAUGGUGUUCAAACCCUCUGAACGGACUGCUGCUGUGAUCUGGCGUUGGUGCUCCUACUGGUGAUAGCCCGGUCAGCUGCCGGUUGCCCCUGUAAUGUCACUGGUACCUCCGCCGGCUUCGUAGGAACAGGGUGCCUCUGUAUGGUCGCUGGUACCUUCGCCGGCUCCGUAAUAACGGUCCUGUCGGUCGGCAUGAGCUGGUGCGGGCUGGUACCACCACGGCUGGUGCAAGCACGGACGUUAGUACUUGUAGAAGGCACUGCCUGGUGUUGGAUAUGCCACUUUGCUGCUCAGCAAUUGGUCCACGUGACAACUAUAUGUGUAACCGUUCUUGUCUUGUGCUAUGUAUGGUAGCUGCUCUUGUUUAUCUACAAUUGCUACCGGUUUCCACUUACGAGUCCCUCUGUAGUCUCGAAGCAGCACCUGCUGCCCCUCUGAAAAAUGCCUGUGCGUGUGGCAGUUUGUAACCUCAUUAAGGCCUCCUCACAUUUUAAAUUGGGGUUUGGACUUACCUAGUCUAGCAUAGUUCGUAAUUGUUUCCCCAGUAUGAGUUCUGCCGGUGUCUUGGGUGAACCUCCCAGUGGCGUUGUGCGCAACGCCAACAACAUUUUCGCGUCUCGUGUGUCAGUCCCCUUUUCCGAAGUUUAUUCUUCACUGUCUGCGCCAUGUACUCUGCUUGAGCAUUUGAGGCUGGGUGUAACGGAGGUGUAUGCCUUAGUGCCACUUCAUUCCUGCCCAUGAGACUAGGUCACUAAAACUGGCAGUCUGUAUUAACCAGUCGUUAUGACUACUUCUUGGAUCCCCCUGAUUCUCUACCUUUCUUGUGACAAAGUCUGUAGGACUAAGUCUGCAUCUGCUAGUGCUGGUAGGUCCGGCUACAAAUUCUUGUAGGUCUCAAAACUGUUAAUUGAGAAACUCGCUCUUGUGUUGAUCUUCUUGGGAAGACUGACCAUCUAGCCACACAUCUAGGACAAUUGUACAUCUGCCAGCCAUUUCUGAAACACGCUGUAAAAUGCUAAUUCAUCAUCUUCUCCAGAGUCAGGUUGGUUUGUUAAGUUGUAGGUUCCUGCCGUAUCACCGGCAUGCUUCGCAGACUCCAGACUCACGAUCCACCAUUCACUCCUGCAUUAGGCACUUUUUCUCCUCUUUGUAAUACAUGCCCAUUACAGGUGACCUAUUUUAGCACAUAAAUUGCACACUGUCUGAGAGUGUCGACAGUGGUUUGGGCUGUGGUCCCCAUUGCACCUCCAACAAGCACACUUGUCAGCUUCAAGUUAUUGGUCCACAUGAAUCUGACUUCGCCUCUGGUCGUCCCUAACCUCCUUUUUGUUGUAUCUUAUGCACCUCACUUUCAGCAUUGCCCCCGCAAAUAGGCCUUGCUGCGCUCGUAGGCCAUUUACAUUGUGGCCUGUGGUUUCCGCCACUGUUGCCAACUCGACUGCUUCCUUAAAAGUUAAGUUGUCUUUUGUCAGGAGAGAGUGUUGCACUUUUGUGUCACGAGCACCAUACACCACCCGGUUUCGCAACACUCAUUCUAAGCCCGCAAAUUUGCAAUGGAUGCUAAGCCGUCGCAAGUCUCAUUGGCGUAGCUGUGUUCAUAAAGUUGGGGGGGACAAAUAAUGAUUUUGAUGUCAUGUAAACCCAUUACCCUGUUACUAAGACGGGGGGUCCGGGGGUCCUCCACCGGAAAAUUUUGAUUUUAAAAGUGCAAAAUAGCACUUUCUAAGCAGUUUUUGUAUCUAACCAUUGGAUACAUCGAUGUUAAAAUUAUUUUUGUUUCCUUAAGAUAAAAUUUGAUGAGUGAAGAAAUUACAAAUAAAGUUGGGCAGAAUAAUAUUAUAAAAAAAUAUCACGGUCUAGAAAGUUGGGGGGGACAGUCCCCUCCAUCCAAAAAGUUCAGGGGGACACGUCCCCCCUGUCCCCCCCGGUUCCUACGCCCCUGGCAAGUCUGCCACGUAUUCCUCCACAGAUUCGCUUUCGUGCUAGUUCCUGUUGUGGAAUUUUAAUAAUCCACGAUCUCAUUCGGUUUGGGUUUGCCGUUUUAUGUGAGUACCGCCAAAAUGUCCGGAAAUGCUACCUCGGAUGUUGAUUUCGGGGGCCGCUAAUGAGCCUUCUCUGGAUAGGGUGCUUGUAUGUUGUAAACUGCCCAAAGUUAAGACCAAAUGGUUAGUUUCAAAUUUUUUAAAGGAAACUCGAGUCUCUUUUAGGAUAUUUCAAUCCUCCGAUAUUUUUGGAAAUAGUUUCUUUCCAAACAAGACAUUUUUUCGAAAAUAGGAAUUAUUUUUUGUUUGAGAUUUUGAAGCUCAGAGUUUACUUAAUCAAAGAUGGUGGCCGUUUCUUACCGCCCACCACGUAUCACCUACUAAUUAGGAAGAAAAAUUUGUUUCUGUAUUUACCAUGUCGUAAGUGAACUGGUACGGUACAACAUAUGUGUUAUGUUUUACUUUAUGCCAGCAGCCUAAGUGUCUUAGCACGGGCGAAAAUCUGUAGGAUUUAAAAGAGGGGGAGGGGCAAAAAAUUUGUGCGUGAGGUUAACCAACCUAAGUCAUCUCUGGAUAUGGUGAUUGUAUGUUGUAAACUGCUGAUAAUAGCCUCUAAAAAUAUGUACUCGGAACCAGGCAAACUCUCGGGUAGGGAUUUUGAGACAGUUUUAAUUUUAAUGUCGUUACGAACAAAUAUUGCGUAACCAUUGCGAGAGACAAGGCUGUCUGAAAGAAAGGGGCCUAGCCACGUUUCGGAGACGAGAAUUGUGUAGGGUCAACAGUUGUCUCCGGGAAAGAAAACUAUGCGACCUGGAUACGAGACCAUGUGGACAAGGUUACGUUGCGUCGCAGGUUAAGCUGAAAAGGGUCUAUGAAUAAUAUAAGUUUUUGGAAAACACAAGUUUUUAUUCACACGUGACUUGGUUUACAGAUUUACAGCACGAAGGUAACACAACAUAUCAAUAGUGGCACGCGAAGCUUAGUCCUCGUAGCAGUCUUUGCCCAGAAACGAGGGCGGUAAAAACACAUGUAGGGUUUUGGAGUGGGCGCCGAGAAUCUAUAUUAAAUCGGUUGAAACAAUAUUAAGUUACUUGAAAAGCCGGCAGACGUAUGCGCGGCCUAUUUAAGCAAUGUUUUAGAGUCGGCCAGUACCGUAAGUUCGAAACUACGUGGCGAAAGGGUCGCACAGCAGAUGAAGCUAAUAACGGCCAAGUUAUGCCUUGUAUCGUAAAUGGUCGCGCGGGAGUGAUUAGCAAAAAGGUUUAGGUUGAAAAGUUAUAAUUAUCAGAAGUACUGUGUGCAAUGAAACAACGGUGAUGGCCCCCCGCGGGAUGAUGCAUCUACCCCGUAUUGGGUCUGACGAAGACUGAAGACUGCUGGGUGGUGGUGGAGGGUAAGAAAGAGAAGAGGAGGGGGACUAAAGAUUUCACAAAUCCCUUUAAUAUAAAACCGAGUGGCAAAUUAGGUGUCUGAAGGCCAAAAAAUGCAGUAGUUAUAUUUUAAUGUAUAUAAAUAGUUUUAAAAACGAGUCAAAAUUUAGAUUGUCUGUCGCUUGCUGUAACCACACCCUUUACUAUGUUAACCUUGGGAAACACUAUUA